GGUCGUACUCUCCGGGGCCAAGAUGGAGGCGAGGAGUAAAGUGGAGCAGGAGAUGAGCUUGGCCGCUCUCCGGCGGAAUGACCCGUACAUCAGCACCAUCAUUGACGUCUCCGGGCAGGUUGCCCUCUAUAGCUUCAGCGCCAAGGCUAACGAGUGGGAGAAAACUGACAUGGAGGGCACCUUAUUUGUCUAUACAAGAUCAGCGUCACCGCGCCAUGGUUUCACAAUAAUGAAUAGGCUUAAUAUGAACAAUUUGGUGGAGCCCAUCAAUAAGGACCUUGAAUUUCAGCUUCAUGAACCUUUCCUGCUGUAUCGGAACUCAAGUCUGUCCAUUUACAGUAUCUGGUUUUAUGACAUGAAUGACUGCCAGCGGAUCGCGAGGCUGAUGACCCAAGUGGUGCAACAGGAAUCGGCAAAAGUAAAGAAUCGGAAGAGCCCUGUUGGUGUAAAUGGGUGCAGCACCCGAGCGAUAGACAUCUUGGAGAUGCUGAGUAAGGCCAAGAAUGACUAUGAGAAGGGUCAAGGAAAUGAUUCCUUCUCCGGUGUCAAGAAGAACGCUCCUCUUGUGAACAUAGAAAGUUUGGAUAUACAAGAGCAUGUCUCCUCUUCUGCUCCUCAAGAUAAGUCUUUCCACACUGUGCAAAAACAUCUGACGGUGGAAGAACUUUUUGGAACCUCCUUACUGAAAGAUCAGCAUACAACCGCAUACCCUACACAGGAAAUCAAAGACCUCUUCCUUCCCGAUGUAGGAGAAUGUAACGUCUUCUGUCAAUCAAAACCCAUACAGCCGGUGAUCGUGAAGGCAGAAGCGAGAAGCUUUAACUGCAGCGCUAGUGAUUUCAGUCACCCAGCCUGUCUGGCACCGGCGGUGAUUCCUCCAGGGCCUGUGACACAAUUGCACUCUCAGAAAGUGAAUACGUUUCCUGGCCGUGCAAGCCCCGGUCUUGGCCCGUCAUCUGAAAUCCUGAGCACAUCCGCCCCACUUAACUCCAGCUUGAUACACACCAGGCAAAUGUCUCCCCUUAUGAGUCAGUCAGUUUCAGAUGGCGGCAGCGCCCCCCAGACUCAACCUUUCCUACCACCGUUGGCCCCUAUCCGAAGCGGCAGCUUUUCCAGCACCUCUCAUCCAAAUGUAGAUCUCCUGCAGAAGCUAACGCUGAAUCCACAGGUCAGCACGUUGCCACCUCCGACCAUGAACAAAAGCAUAAUGGCACCAAAUUUUGCCUGCUCAACCAACCAGCUGGCGACACCAGAGAGUUUCAAAGACAGUUCUGUGAAAGGCAUGCCAUCAGGACCUCUCCAGAAUGCGCAUGAAAAGAGAGCACCUGAAACAUUUGCCCAGCCCUUGGGUGUGUCCAAGGCGGUAGCAGCUUCCCAGUUUGGAACACCUACAACCACAGAUGGCGCCUCUGUCCUCUGGUCACCCAGUGUAUUUCAGCAAUCGGCUAUAAAGCACAGUGGCCAAGACGAACGCGCUGUGACGCCGCCUCACAUUAACUGCAUGGUAGAUCGGACGAGAUCCUGUUGUAGUGGGUUAGCCCUCAGCCGUCCUCAGCUUCAGGAAACCCUGGUGCAUCUUAUAAAGAAUGACACCAACUUCCUUAAAACGAUUCACGAAGCCUACUUACAAGCGGUGACCAAGAAUAUGGACAACGUCAAGCUAUGAAGAAGGAAGUCCUCUACAUAUGAAUGUAUGGAGCAACCAAAAGAACGCGCAGCCGCCCCGUAGCAGAGCAACACGUAUUGUGUAUAUGUGUUGUGUGAGGAUUGACUUCUUCAUGGCUACAGGGGGCAGCUUCUUGGGUUCAUGGGCAUCAUCUUACACUGAAGAUUACGCACAUCUGAAUAACAUGUUUUCUACGGGUUACCUAUAGAAAGGCUCUUAACGCUGUACCGGACAGUACCAGGACACUAGUAUUGUAGGUUUUACAAAGUCUUGCACAUGUAAUCCUUUCUUAAUGUAUUCUACGUCGUUCCUUUUAUAUAUUAUAGACCUUAUUUGUCUUACCCAAUCCAAGUCAUUUUAGAUUGAAAACUUUUAAUAAUUGGCUGAAAGUAAUCUUUUUGUCCCUGUAAAUUAAAUGCUUUAUUUUUUUUUUAAAAUGAUUCUAGCCUUGCUGAGAUGAAUCUGCUAUAUCUAGCGCACUUUGCUCAUGAUUUACUGGUGGAUGCAAAGGUCCCAUGCUCCCCAUGCAGUAACCAGUUACUGCACCGACCAUGGCAUUGUCCUGUCUAUGUACCUGCAGUCUAACCAAGAGAGGGUCGUUAUAUGGACCUGGUAUGCUAAUGGCAUAUUAAGGAACCCAUUUACAUUUCUCCUGGCGGCCACCCUACUGCAAGCCAGCGUUUUACUAAAGUAACAGCAGAGCAUGGCCUGGCUGGACUGUGUAAGACUUGGAGAGCAUGAAGUUCUGGGCGAUCAUGGGCAAUUAUACGCUUGUGAUAGAGAUGUGUCCUGGAAGUGGUAGGUUUCGUGUAAAAAAAAAAAAAAAAAAAAAAGUCCUAUCCAAAUGAUGUACGAGACUGAUCCAAUGGGUUUCUCAAUACAAUCUUAUUGCAAAUGGUGCUUUAACAGUAUUGUUUUUCAUUUAUCUAAUCUCUUAUCAAAGGGGUUGUCCUACUGCACGACCGGCAGUCCACCUAAUGUCUGGAGGGCCAUCAGAAUGUGGAUGAUCAUUCUUACUACUUCUUAAUUUCUAAAAGGACUCCAGUGUCCUUAAAACAAUCAGUCAUUUAUUACCUAUCCUGUGGAUAGCUGAUAUGUGUGUCAUGUCGGAGAACCCCUUUAGAACACCAUAUAACUAUGUUGGUGUAGUAAGCAAGAUCAAGGAUUCAACCGCGUCUCCACAUUUUAAUAUAUAGUUUUUAUUUUUUAGAAAAAUCUGAUUAAUAAAGUUCUAAGAAAAGAUGAAUGUGUUUUGAGCACAGCCCUGACCUUUUUUUUUACCCACUCUUAAUGCUUAGGCUACUUUCACACUUGCGUUUAACUUUUCCGUUAUUUGAGAUCCGUGAUUGCGUUUUUGUCCCCAUUCAUUGUCAAUGGGGACAAAAGUGAACUGAACAGAACGGAGUGCUCCAAAAUGCAUUCCGUUCCAUUUGGUUGUGUUCCCUACCGUACAGAAAACCGCCGCAAGCUGCAGUUUUCUUUCUGUCAUGGGAUGCGGAACAAAACCAAUCCGGCAUGACGCACAAUGCAAUUCAAUGGUGCGGAUCUGUUUUCUCGGACACAAUAGAAAACGGGUCUCCGUCUCCCAUUGACUUACAAGGGUUUUAAUGACUGAUCCGUCAUGGCCAUUUUAGUUCACAACGGAUGCUGUCCAUUGUAUUAUUACAAACGGAAGCGUUUUUGCUGAACCCUGCGAGUGUGAAAGUAGCCUUCGCAAAGUGAGCUGAAUACUUGAGUGAUAUCAGACAAACUGAUUGCUAGGGCCAUGCUUCCCGACAACCUUAUUAUAAAAGGUUGUGUAACCUGUCUGAGCAGCAUCGAUUCUUUCCUGGCAGCAGAUAAGGAGUUAAGACAUUUGGCAGCAGGAUUUACCGUACAUUCUCGACCUGCACUAUUAAUCAGAUUUUUCUACCACAGUAAUUUGAGGUUUCAUUAUUUCCCCCCCAUUGUUUAUGCUACUAGAGACUCAGCUAAUUACUAAGUAUUACGGAGAUUUAUGCUACUGAUAUAAGAAAAUGGAUCUUUUGAACAAAAGCAUUUAUAUACAGAUAUUCAGAAUAUUUUGUAAGUCAUUAGAAAAGGAUGUAAAUGCCAUAUUUCUCCAUGUCUACAGGUUGUAGCUGUGCAUGUGCCUUCAAAAAGCGCAUACUUCUCUUCUGUCACCUUUUAAUUAAAGGUUUUUUUCCAAGACUUUAAUACUGAUGACCAAUCUUCUGGAUAGGUGAUCAGUGGGGGUCCGACACCCGGGACCUGCGCCGAUCAGCUGUUUGAGAAGGCAGGGG